CUCUUCCUUUACUGAGAACCAGCAAGUACAGAUCUCAGUGAAAGUGAUCAGCAUCUGGAAGACCCCAAAAGCAACAGUCAUUCCAGUUUUCAGCAUCCCCCCCGGCUCAGCGCUGUUACCUUGCUGGUGGUGUGUGAGACAGGAAGCGGAUACGUACACGUAUUUUAUCAUACAUCACAUAUGACACAUCUGUCUGAGUUCUUCCUACUUCCCCCUCCUCUACACCAAGCAGCCCCUCGCACAUUUUACAUCAGACCAAGUCCACAUCUAUUGUUCCUCUAGUCAGCCGAUACGAGGGUCUGUAAGCAACUUACUACCUCGUAUCUCUGGGUUAUGUGGUCGUCUACACCUACAGAGGCACGCCUUCUUCAGAAAUGGCAGGAACAGCAGCUCAGAUGACACAUGAAGAGAUAACUGGAUAGAUCACAUGCAUGACGGUCGGCUUUCGUAGGCAGCCACUGGAAUUGUAAAGAGCACUCAUGUUAAUUCAGCAGUGGGACAGAACUGACGAAGUGGCAAUGCCUUUCUAUAGAAAUAUCUAGAUGGUUCUUGUCAAAAAGUUUAACUUCCAAGACUUGAUGGAAAAGAGGCUCAUCCCUUAUUAGCAGGCUGCACACAUCUCAUUGUAGAAAGAUGGACGCCAUCAAGUGUGUGUUGGUCGGGGACGCUGCUGUUGGGAAGACUUCACUUCUUGUCCGCUUCACGUCUGAGACCUUUCCGGAUUCCUAUAAACCAACUGUCUUUGAGAAUACGGGAGUUGAUGUUUUCAUGGAUGGGGUCCAGAUAAGCCUAGGACUUUGGGACACUGCGGGCAAUGAUGCAUUUAAAAGUAUUCGACCCAUUUCUUUUCAGCAUGCGGACAUUGUCUUAUUGUGCUUCUCUGUAGCCAAUCAUACCUCUUUUCUAAAUGUGAGGAACAAGUGGAUUACUGAGGUCAAACACAAUCUUCCCCAUGUACCAGUGCUUGUUGUGGCCACACAGACUGAUCAGAGAGAGAUGAACCACUUACGGGUGCCAUGCAUCAGCUCUGCAGAUGGUAAACAGUUGGCACAAGAUGUUCGAGCCAAAGGAUACUUGGAGUGUUCAGCUUUAAGUAACCGGGGGGUUCCGCAGGUAUUUGAGUGUGCUGUAAGGACUGCAGUCAACCAAGCCAAGAAAAGAGCAAGACGGAACCGCUUUAUCAAUGAGUGUAAAAUAUUUUGAACUCCUUCAUCUUCCGGGAUACCUUUCCUCAGUGACAGUGAAAAUACUUUAUAUGUACCAUAUUUCAUUGUGCUGUCGAUCUCUUGUCAGAUCUCGUUUAAUAAUAUUGUGUAAAAUGCAUCAUGGGCCUAUUAUCUCACAGACUAUUGGCUCAAUAUUUUUUUUAGUUUAGUUGUUUUUUUUAGUUGCAGAAAUAAUAAUUGUCAAGCAGUAUGGAGACCAGGCCUAUAUCUGCAAAGAUAAAAUACAGAAGAAUAGUGAGGUAAAGAUGAUAACUGAGAAGUUAUAGAUUGCAACCUUUCAAGACCUCUUAGGUCCCUUAAUCAGGCAUGUUAUACUGGGUAUAACAUGCCUGAUAAAAGGACCUGAGAAGUCUCAAAAUUUUCUUUUAAAUCAA